GGGGGGGGGGGGUAGGAGCCCAAGGAAGACAAGAACUUGGAGGAAACGCAUUCUAUUCAGCGGAGAGAGUGGAGGGAGGAAAAUGAAAACUAGGAGCUGCUGAUAAAGUUCAGGCGUGUUUCCCUUGCAUUGAGAGCCAGUUCCAUGUCCUGAUAUCGAUUGCAGCAUCGUUUGGAGGGAAGGGGGUCUGGAUACAGCUCAGGAAGAACGGCCGUCUUGAGAGACCAGGCAAGAGGAGACAAUUGAGCUACAGCCUGAUAUUUACCCCCCCCCGCCUCGCUAAGCCUGCCGCAUGAAAGCCAGGCAGGGGGUGGAGGCAAGAGAUGAACGGGCUGCAGGGUGAAGUGCCAGACAGCCUGGCCUCUGGCAUCGAGGGGCUGCCCCCCUUGCCCAAGGGCCUGAGCGGGAUCCUCAACUCCAGUGGGGGUUCGUGGCGGGACGUGGAGAGGGUCUACGCCAAGAAGACCAUGAUCCAGGACGAGCUGAGCCGCCCGCGCCUGGCCACCGAGAGGCUCCUGAAGAACAAGCCGGCGAAUCUCGACGCGGCCCUGGCAGUGCUGCGGAAGGAGAUGGUGGGCCUGCGACAGCUGGACAUGUCCCUUCUCUGCCAGCUGUGGUCACUGUACGAGUCCAUUCAGGAGUACAAGGGCCUGUACCAGGACAUGACCUCGUCCAUGCACUCCUUCGCUGCGGAGAACGCUUACUAUGACGACGAGGAAGAGUAUGAGGUGGACCAGGCCGGUCUGGAUCGCUCCAAGGAUGAGGCGGCGCGCAACAGCCUGAAAGUCCCCCACACUCAGAACUCCCGUGACCAAUGGCUUCAAGAUUCCUUCCACAUUACAAUAUAGAACAUAAUCCCCAUUCUGCUUUGUUUACAGCCUCCUGUUUAAUUUUUUUUUGUCAAAAAGAAUAUAAAUUCCCAGGAUUUGGGUAUCAUUGACGAAGUCAAGAAUGUAUUCCCCAUCCCCAAAUUCCCCUUGAGCAGUUGGUGGUGAGCUGCCUACAGCUGAAUGGCUCUGGAGUCACAUGUAGGCCAGACCGGGUAAGGACGGCAGAUUUCCUUCCCUAGAGGACUUCGGUGAACCAGAUGGGUUUUUACAACAACCGAUGAUCGUUGUCAUGGUCACCAUUAUUGAGACAGGCUUUCAAUUCCAGAUUUAUUAAUUGAAUUUAAAUUCCGCCAGCACGGUGGGUUUUGCACCCGUGACAUAAGCCUUGUCCUCUGGGUUACUAGUUCAAUGACAUUACCACUACAUGGCCAUCCAUCUAUCACACUCCAGGUUGUGCAGAAUCACAUCAGUGAGUGCGGAAAAAGGGGGGGUGGGGAAGUGAGAGGGAUUGUGAAACUGGGAGAAGUGAGGGGGGAAAGUGGGCGAAAGGUUCUGGAGAGGGAUCUGGACGUUUUCGGACCUUAUCCCCAUGAUUUAUUACAUGUUCCUAGUCGGACGUGGCUUUAUAUACCAUGUGCACUCUGCAUUUUGACUGAGAAGCAACCAGCUGGUUCGGGCCUCCUGCUUUGCACAAUCUUCUGCUCGGGAACUUUUAACCAAAGAUUGUUUUUCUAUUCUUGCGCUCUCCUACAUCGUCAUUUUCUUCGUUUCCAUGGUUUUGCCAAAAAGGUGAACUUUCCUGCACUGGGAAUCAUACACCGUACGCCAGUGUGAAUCAGUGUAUGUGGGACCCGUACCCCAGUGAGAGUCAGUGUGUGUGACCCGUACCCCAGUGAGAGUCAGAGUGUGUGGAACCCGUACCCCAGUGAGAGUCAGUGUGUGUGGGACCCGUACCCCAGUGA